AGAACAGUGCGGCUGAGUGUGUAAACUGAGGUGGGGACCUGGUACUGUGUUGUAGAUUUCACCCGGAUACAGAAGGAAGGGAAGGAGGGGGGCAAAGCAGGCGGCGGGGGGAGGCAAGUGAAACCAGAUUUAAAAAUACCGUGACUUCAUCUUGCAAAAGGGCUAAAGGCUGGCAGUGUUCGAAAAUAAAACUUUUGGAGUUUAUCAAGAAGCAUUUGUCGCGGGAAAUCAACGACAGACAGACCGCAAGCGCCACCAUCGCCCCUCAUCUGCAGUUUCCGUGAUCUUUUGCGAUGGCCUCUACAAUGCAUUGGGAAGGCCGGCGCAGGCAGUGGAUUCUGGAUAAGAGAGUCAAGGCACAGGAGGAGGAGCUUAUGAAAAAGAAACGAUCUAAACCUUCAAAUCAUCCAACAAGAAGCAAAGAAGCUCCUGUGCCUGAAAUUCCACCUGAAGCUCAGAGCCCUGGUUAUAAACGUGUUAAAAGAUACUCAUCUACAGACUAUAAUCAACAAUGGUGAAGAACUGAAUUAUUGAGAUCAUUAAACUCAAGAUAAUGAAAACUCUUCCUUCCAACUGAGAAAAGUUCUGUAUUAGCAGUGCUUUAAAUGGACAACACCAGAAUGUAAAAUAGUCCUGAUUGAUCCAUGUAGCUUGUUGAACAACCCCAGUACCAGUCUGAAAAGCUCAACUCAAAAUCUUGUCAACAUUAUGCAUUAUUUGUCACCUACUAGCACAACUCCUCCUUUUCCUCUACAAUCUUUGAUUCUGUAACUAGGACUAAAUUUAUUUAAUCUGAAAGUUACUGUAUAAACUCCAUACUUCUCUAUGACGCUUAUAAAGAAGUCACAGUGCAAUAAACCACUUAUUUCAAAAUGUAUCUGUUCCACUGCAGGACACAAUUCCUGUCAACAAUUCUUUUACACUAUAUGCUCAAAUUGCUUGAAAAAAAAAGGUCUGACCAACUUCUAGGGUUGAAAUUACCAUGUGCAAUACUAUUAAAAGAAGUUCCAUUAAUGUGCCCAUAUGAAACAGAUUAAACAUUUUAAACAAAGAGAACUUUAUUCAAAUACAUUCUUAUUUUUGCUAUCAAUGUUCCUUAGCACUGUUUCAAGACAUUAUUCAUCAUGCAUCCCUCCCCCUUACAGCGUUGAAUGCUCUGUCAAAGAAUAGCCAAGAUUGGGAGUUUAACGGUGAGGAAUUAUGUAUUCGAAUCCAUUUGUGGUUCAGUACAUGACUCGCAACUAUUUAACAAUAUUCAUGCUAGAUGCUAGCAGCUCAAUUAAGACUAGCUUGUGUAUGGUAGUAACAUGAUGUUUAAACUGAUUACAUGUUUCUCAUUUAAAGACGAUAUCUGAGGCUAAGCAAAGGAGUUCACAAACACCAAUUUAUGAGCCUGGAAUGAAUGCCUGACCAUCCAUCUGCACCAGCACAGACUGCCUAUUUCGACCGCCACAACAUUGUGGUUGAGACUGAGUUGAGCAAUUAAUCUGAAAUGCUGUAUUGUUGUUACCUGUAUACAUGAACAAUCCAAUGCAUCCCUAGCCAGUCUCCCAUGUUCUAUCCUUGGUAAACAUGUCAUGCAAAAUUCACAUAACAGCUCUCAAAGUUUCCAAAUUUUAGGCUUUGGUCAGAAGCAGCCAAGGGAGCUGUAUUUUUUGUGAUACAACAACAUUCUAUACCAGCAAUAAAGUGAGGCAAUUAAAUAGGUGCAGUGUUCACCAUUUGGACAUUAUGAAUAGGAACAUUCCAGCAGUGCUGAGUUCCAAUCAAAUGCAUCACACAAAAUAUGCCAGAAUAAGCAGAUGUAACCCAGAUGUGUUGCCAUUAUCAUCUGAAGAUACGAUUAGAUCUACUGCCAUAAACUGAAGAUCGGGUUAAUUUAUUCACGGUUCAAGUAAAAACGUAGUUUCUACUAACCCAGGGUUUUAAAACACUAAUGUUACUCCCUGUAGCACUUCUACCAGUUUCUGCCAGCAUCAAGGAUGCCCUUGUUUGGAUUCUUGUAUUCAGAUACCUGCCCCAGCCAUCACACUGAAAUAGCAUUAUGUUAUAAAUGACAGUCUUUGUGAUGAUGA